AGAAGAAGAAGAAGGAGAAGAAGAAGAAGAGGGGGGAAAGAGGAGAAGAAGAUUUCAGCACCGGAGCUGUCCGCUGCUCUUGGAGAAGUCUAUUCCUGUGAAGGAGAAGAAGCUUGCUUCCGACUGUAAAUUUUCUCUGUGGGACUGAAAGAGAGAGGGGGGAAGGAAUAAAUAAAGUGCCGUGCCAUUCAUCUCUCUGCAGGGCGAGUUAACGGCGCACAUACUUCAUUCGAGCAAAGUCUUGCCAUGCUGGACAUCCGGGCUUGAGACAGAAAGGAUAAAGUCUCCACAUAAGUCGACCAGCUUUUACUCUUUACGCCAUGGGAGUGCUCAUGUCAAAGAAGCAGCAGGUGGAGAAGGUGCAGAAAUGCAACGCUGUCGUGUCGGCAUUCCAGGCGGGCAUAAAGGAACGCCCCGCCCCAUCCAAGCAGGCGGACGGAGAUGUGGAAGAAGCCGACGGCCCUGCCAAACCGUCAGCCAAACCUCCAUCCAGUCCUGAUGAGAAGAAAGCCGAGGAGGCGGAGAAAGACGACACAGACAAUAGCGCGGGUCCGUCGACCUCCCAGCAGGCCUCGGCGACAGCGAGGGAGGACUGUAAGGUCAACCAGGAGGCUUGGUCGAGGCUACGGGACGGGAAAGGGGUGGAACCCGAAGAUCUCGACAAGAGCCAUCAGCUCACGCCACCUGCUUUUGUGAGGCCCAAAAGGGAAGCGGAUGAUGAUCAGGCUGUAGAGGUGGAGCUGCACAAGAAAGAGCAGCCCCCGAGCGAUGAGAUGUGCGACGUGUGCGAGGUGUGGACAGCCGACGACCUGUACCCCUGCAGGAUCUGCACCCGAGUAUUCCACGACGGCUGCCUGAGGGAGCUGGGCUACCUGCGCGCCGAGGCCCUGCAGGAGAUGAGAGACACGGCCCACACUGUUACUGGCUGGAGCUGCUACUAUUGUGAUAAUCUGAAUUUACUGCUAACGGAGGAAGAGAUGUACAGCCUCAUGGAGACCUUCAAGCAGUGCAAGAUCAUCCCAGAGUCAUGCCUGGUGUCAGACGAGCUGCUGCAGUACCGCCACUUUGCAUCCAAGCAGCAGUUUGAUAAGGACCUGACUGAUGAGCAAGAGGAGGAAGUGCUGGCCCAGUUUGCAGCGCUGGAUCCUGAGAAGAAGGGUCACAUUGAAUGGUUCGACUUCCUUUACUAUGAGUCUCUGGCUGUGUUGAAGAAGUUUCGCACAGAGAACUCAAUGGUGCGUCUGCUGACCGCCAAGGAGAGAGACACGGCGCGCUCGGUGUUCCUGGCUCUGGACCUGGAUGAAGAUGGCGUGAUCACAAGAGCAGAAUGCCGCCAGGCCCAGCAGUCCUGGUUCGACAAGCUCAACAAAGACUCGCAGUCUUGCAACGUGAGACUCAUGGGACUCUGCUCUCCUAUGAAUUGUGGUAUAAGUCAUGUUGGCCCAAUAUGUGAGAGCAGUCCAGCCAGCUCUGGCAGUGAAAGGAGCAAGACGGAUGACAGCAGGCCAGCGACCUGGGCAGACUUUCUAAGGGAGAGUGCCAUCUAUGUUCUGGCUGCACGGCCCAAUAGUUCUGCCAUGCACAUCCGUCUGCCUCUAUAGUCCAGGACCCUGAACGCACCACCCCCCCAGCAGAGAGAGAGAUAGAGGGAGUACCCUAUAGUCUACGGAUGAGCAGAGGAAGAUAGACACGGCGGCACGACGACGACACGAGGAAAGGCAAACUGAGCAAACUGGAUGAAGCACCGAGAGACAGCAGAUCAAGCCAUCGACAGAAUCUCUCCUCCUCUGCGUCACCUCAACCCCACGACACCUGACAACACACACGCUGACUGACACACCGACGACGCAAGUGACAGCAGCUGUCACGGGUCCCGACUCCCAGAUACUUGACGGCUUCCAACAAAAAUGUGAGAGAUAGGACGAGGAGAGACAACCACCCACCCACGACCAGUCAGUCAACCAUAAUUCUGAGUGUUUCGAUCAUGCGUAUACAGUCACACAACCUCCUCGGAGGCUCACACUCACACUAUUAAAUAAAAAAACACUCACACACACACUCUGUUGCCCUCCAGCUGCAUAACUCUCCAUGUGGGUACGUUAGCGUGACAGGCUGCUUUCAAGUAUUCAUUCCUUUGGGUCUCAUCGCGUCCUAAUAAUAGUUCCAUGCUACUGUUAUUGGAUGUUAUUCACCACAAAAGCUGUUAAUCACAUUACACAGAGGCACAUGCAAAUUCAUUAUUGGUACUGUUUGACAAGUGGAUAGACCUCUGGGAGAUUAACCCUGCAGCUGCCAUUAUCAGAAUGUAUACCAAACGGGAAUUAAAGCUAUCCGCGUACAUAACGUUAUAUGAGAACUGCUAUUCAUGCCAGUAUAAAUUAUUAUUAUAAUGCAUUGAGAAAAAAAAGCUGUAUUUAUUCCUGUAUCCUCUGAUGUAUCCUCUGUUUUCCCCAGUCUCAUCCGAGAGUCUAUGUUCUUCUGAAGUACUAACCGUGAAAAAGGAUGUUAACGAAAGCUAACCCAGUAAAAGACGUGAAUAUACUGCCAUAUAUACAUUUUUUUUUUCGUUCCUGUUGAGCACUUUGACAAGUGGAAACAUCUGUGUUCCUGUUCUAGUGUCAUUAUUUGCACUAUGGGAUGCAGAUUGACUACUGUGUGACAUAAUCAUUGUAAUGAUAUACUGAAAGACAAUGGGAGGUGAAUCAGGUGAAAAUAUUUGUCCUUUGUUAAUAUGCAGAAGCACUGUUGUUAAAAAAAAAUGUUAUGGAAAACUUGGUGGGGAUUCUAUAAUGUUACAGGUUAUACGACAAUUUAAAUGCACAUGAAACUGCCCAUAGACUCACUGGAAACAUACCGUAACAAGUAGAACUUCAUGUAGUGUUUAUGCCAUGUAAUGACGGGUCUAUGCCAGGUCCUCGUAGUGAAUAAAGUAUGGUUAUGACAUGAAUCUUGGUUGUCUGAGGGAUAUAUCACAGUGCUGAAAUAAAUGCAUGGCAUUUACUCUCCUUCUUGAGAA